AUGCGCAGUGAUACGGGACGACCACCACAUUUGGGACACAAUCAACUGGGAUAUUUCUUGAUGUGGCUAAGAUAUGAAGUAUCGGAGAAGAAAAGAGCGGCACUGCUGAGCACAAAUCCAAUCGAAGUGGAUGGUAUUUCAACGGAUCAGAGUGGUGUUCCCCUGAAAAUGACCACAUCGGACUUGGUUUUGUCACUUCAGAAGCAGCCCGAAAAGCCAAGAUUAACCACCGUCGGCGUAGUUGACGAUGUUUUUUCCUUUUUUAUCGAACAGUAUAGCAUGUUCGCAGUGGAACUGUAG